AACGGGUUAGUCUUGUGUCAGACGUUGUAGAGGUGACAUCCGCCGCUCGCGCGCCUUUGUGUUUGCGGGAAGACUUUUGCGUUCGUGAUGCCUUACGUGCAGUGCCUUUGCUCGGGAUUGUGAUUCGCCUGGAAGAAAUGGCCCUUCGGAGAGACUCUGGCAACCCUUCCCUGCGGCUUCGAUGUGAAAUAGGUGUUGUAGAGCGACCGAACGCCUUGGAUAUUUCUUAAGGGUCUUUUCUCUCUCUCUCUCUCUUUUUCUCUCCUUCUCUCUCUCCUCUCCUUCUCUCUCUCUCUCUCUCUCAUCUUCGCUGUGGUGAAGAGGUCUUCUUCUUCUCUCAUGAUCUUUGUUCUGGCCGUGCAGAACUCUUGGCGUUCUUCUUCCGAUGUGUUAAAAGUGAACAGUGAACAAUUGCUUUAGAAGCUGUGCCCCACCAUUCACCAUGAGCAGCGGUCGACAGCGUUCGGGAUGGACCGUAUCGAUGAUGGUGACUACAGCGACGGUGAUGAUGAUGUUAACGAUCGUCAUCUGUCAUGUGAAGGUGGCAGAGGCCUCUACGAUGCACUACGUCUAUUGGAAUACUUCUAGUCCUAUAUUCCGGAUCGACAACACGGACCACAUCAUCGACGUCAACAAGGGCAAUAAGGAGUUUGAGUACGAUCAGGUCAACAUCAUCUGUCCCGUUUACAAUAAUGAAGACACGAGCGAAGAGCUCAUGGAAAAGUACAUUAUCUAUAACGUGAGCAAAGAGGAAUACGACACCUGUCGCAUCACCAACUCGUCGCCGAGGGUCAUCGCCGUCUGCGACAAGCCGCGACGCGUCGUCUACUUCACAAUCACCUUCAGGUCCUUCACGCCCCAGCCUGGAGGUCUGGAAUUCAUCCCGGGUCAAGAUUACUAUUUCAUUUCCACGUCCAGCAAGGAGGACCUGCACAGGCGCAUUGGAGGUCGUUGUACCUCCCACCACAUGAAGGUCAUCUUCAAAAUCUGCUGCAGUCCAGAGCCCCAGAGUCCCAAGGAAGACGAGUCUCCUAAUCAAGAUUCUGAGCCCCCAGAAGAAAGCAGCAGGGCAGCCCCAUCGACGACUGCCUCAACAACUCUGCACACAACCCCUAAAUCUACAACGGUUGUGGCCGUGACCACGGGGAAUAGUUCGUACUAUGAAAUUGUAAUAGACAGUGACGUUUACAGUACCACCAGAAAAACAGAUUCACAGCCACCAGAUCCCGGAGAGAACGAGAUCGUACAAAAAGGAGAAUUGGUUCCUGGUACCUCCUCGGCACCAGCUGGAACCAGCAACUCUUUGUAUAUAGCAUUUUCCUGCGCCCUCCUCUCGCUAUUAAUCCAGGGGUUCGGCAUUGAAUUCAUGCCAGUGGAAAGGGUAAAAACGCUUGGAUCGCAAAUGACGAGAACUUCAACGUCAGAGAGAUAAGACUUCGUCACCCUCCACCCUCAUACCCCAAAUCUCACCCUUGCGCCUCUCGCUUUGAUAUCCCAGUGCCCAUCCCCCUCCCUCCCCUCCUCUGUCUCUCCCCACACUGCCCUGAAUGCCAAAGACCCACAUUUUCUAGUCAAAUUGGGGCAGUGUGGGAAGCUGAUCAAGUGUGCUGUUCAUAUAAAGCUACGUCAUAUUGUUAUGUGAUUCGUAUAUAGGACCAAGUCUCUGUGGACUCUUCGGGAAAUUACAGAAGAAGAAGAAGAAAGAAAAUGCGCCAAUACCGAGAUGUUUUGCUAGAAAACUAUGGCGGGAAGGAAUAACGUAUUUUGGUAAAAAGAUUCGAAAGAACGGAAUAUGUUCUUUUUGGAGAACGAAAGAAUUACGCAAGCAUAUCACUCAGAAGAGAGGAGUCUGAUUACAGAAGGAAUAUUAUAAAAAAUAAAAUCACCUGCCCAGGCGUUAAUUACUCCAGUGUGCCAUUAGCUGUCAACAGGAUAUUUUCGACAAAAUAAAUAAAUAAAUAAAAUCCUUCCACAAGCGAGUAAUGUAAAAAUUAAUAUCUGUAAAGGUAUCUCCUCAGUGCCAUUAUUUCGAAGCAGAUGAACAAUACUCAUGUACGCGUCUAAGUAUAUACACGUAUUAGCGUCAUUUUUUGGCGCUUGUUAACAAAAGAAUGAUCAAUUUUAAUGCUUUUGCCAAAUGGUUACUAAGAUUUCCACAUUUCCUUCAGAAGAGAGAAGCAAUCUAAGUCUCGAGUCGACUUUAGUCCUGAAAAGUCCAUUUCAAAAUGGUUCGUCUUCCUUUCAUUUUUUUAUUGAAUCUGUACUUGUGCAUCCAACAUAUUGCUAAUUAUAUAUAUA